UAGGAGAUGCCAGCCCCGGGCAAAGGAAGUAAGUCCAAAAGCAAGGGCAAGAGCAAAGGAUCCGAUGGGAGCACAGCUGCCAAUGCAGCAUAUAGUGGUCAAGUCAAACGUCGAGUAGAAUCCUCUGCCUGCAAGUUUUUUGGAAGUGCUAAGGGCUGCAGCAAUAACAGUUGCCCUUUUCAGCAUGACGACCCAAAUUCCAUUCCUUUCUGCACAUUCCAACAGCGCGGGCAGUGUGAGAAGGGGGCGGCUUGCACUUUCCGACAUCAAACCUGGUCCAGCAUAGAGGAAGCCAAAAUGUCUUAUGCAGCCAGGGACGUUGGAAUUGUUGAGCGAAGCUCCAUUCGGUACAAGCAAGUUCGUCGUGAGAUCGGAAGGGAUGGUACUCAGGCCGCCCAGGCCACAGAGUCGCGACUAGGUUCCGAGCACUUGGAGCAGGGCGAGAUCGGUGUUGAGAAAGACUUUCAGGAAGAGACCUACGGGUCAAAUGCAAUGCGCAUGAUGGAGAAGAUGGGAUACAAGGCAGGAAUGGGCCUGGGGAAGGAAAAUCAAGGUCGGACAUCCCUUUUGGGAUCCUGUGUGGCCUUGGAGCACUCACAAGGAACGUCGAAUUUGGGCUUGUCUCACUAUGCUGGGGCUGGGAGAGCUACAGCUGCAGAGCGAGCUGCGAGAUUGGCUGAUGCUCGGGCAAAGAAGUGCCAAAGAGUCGACGAAGGAAGCUUCGUUCAUCACAAUUUGCUCAGCAGCGAUGAGAGCAGCGAAGGAGAAGACGAAAUGGUCAAAUCUCGAAAUGUACAGCUUCUCUGAGGAAUGAAAA